CUUUUUUCCCUUCGAUCCCUGUAGGUGAAAUAGAUCUUGGAACUUUUUCUUCGAAAAGAAAUUAAUUCUUAAAACGAUCAAAAUGUUAGAUACAGCUGGAAAGGUCAUUAAUUGUUCUGCAGCAGUGGCAUGGGGUCCAAAAAAGCCACUGUCUAUCGAGAAAAUUCAAGUGGCACCACCUAAAGCCCAUGAAGUGCGUAUAAAGGUAAUGGCUACUGGAGUUUGCCAUACUGAUGCCUUUACACUCAGUGGUGAAGACCCAGAGGCUGCUUUCCCUGUAAUACUUGGCCAUGAAGGUGGUGGCAUUGUAGAAAGUGUGGGUGAAGGGGUAACUGAAUUCAAAGAAGGUGAUCAUGUUAUUCCACUCUACAUACCACAGUGUAAGGAUUGCAACUUCUGCAGACACCCCAAAACAAAUCUGUGUCAGAAAAUAAGAACAACUCAAGGCAAAGGUUUUCUACCCGAUGGAACAUCUCGUUUUACAUGCAAUGGUCAGAUGGUUUAUCAUUACAUGGGAACUUCCACAUUUAGCGAGUAUACUGUUGUUGCGGAUAUUUCGCUUUGUAAGGUUGAUGAAAGCGCUCCACUUGACAAAGUCUGUUUGCUUGGAUGUGGAAUACCAACGGGUUAUGGCGCAGCACUUAACACUGCCAAGGUUGAACCUGGGUCAACAUGUGCUGUGUGGGGUCUUGGGGCAGUGGGUCUUGCUGUAGUGAUGGGUUGCAAAGCAGCUGGAGCUACCAGGAUCAUUGGAGUUGACAUCAAUGAGUCAAAGUUUGAAAUUGCCAAGCAGUUUGGUGCCACAGAGUGCUUCAACCCAAAAGAAUCUAAAGUUUCAGCAGAUGAAGCUAUUGUUGCUUUAACUGAUGGUGGAUGUGAUUUCACAUUUGAAUGCAUUGGUAAUAUUCAUACAAUGAGAGCUGCACUUCAAGCUGCCCACAAAGGCUGGGGUGUCUCAGUUAUUAUUGGAGUGGCUGGCAGAGGACAAGAAAUUUCAACACGACCAUUUUACCUUGUUACUGGUCGUACAUGGAAGGGAACUGCAUUUGGAGGAUACAAGAGCGUUGAAGGCGUGCCAAAACUGGUGCAGGAUUACUUGAACAAAAAACUGAAGGUUGAUGAGUUUGUGACUCACACAAUGCCCCUUUGUGACAUCAACAAAGCGUUCGAUCUGAUGCAUGAAGGAAAAAGUCUUCGUUCAGUGAUCAACUUCUAACUGCAAGAAUGUUAAAGCGAUGAAAAGUUCUACUCAUGCAUAUAAUUGUGUAACCUCAAACUAUCACCAAGCUAAAAUUGUGUAACUUAACUAUCACCAAGCUUUGUGUUAAAUGCAAAUAAAAUUACUCGCAAUUU